CUUUUUCUUUUUUGGUCUGAAGUGAUCUCAAAUUUUGCUUUCAGAUUAAGUUAUCCCAAGUCUUCUAGAGACUCGAUUCGCCGAAGCUCCGGUGUGCGAAAGGAGGAGGCGAUGACGUCGAAGACUCUGAGGAGAAGGCUUCAUCAUGCAGAUGUUGAUGGAAAAAGGCACGAGCAUCUGGAGGAGGCGUCAGGUUUGGAUGAUCUUAAUGAGCCUCUACUCGGAAACCCUGAUAUUUGGCCGUUUGAAUCCGCACUUGCCGAGAUCUGGAAUGAUGAGCAGAGAUUGCAGCAACUCCACUGGGCUUUACUGUUUUCUCAGUUGAUUGCGCAGUGGGCUCGGUGGUUAGCAAAUAUUGUCCUGGGAUCUGGAUCACUUAUUGGACGGCUUUUGACCUCAGCUACAAAAAAUGGACCAAAAAGUAGGCUGCUUGCACCAACCCGUACUCCCUUGCAAGAAGUAAGACUCAAAAAUCUACAACAAAGGCUUCAAGUUCCUUUCGAUGGUUCUCGUGUGGAGCAUCAAGAUGCACUAAAACAAUUAUGGAGGUUGGCUUAUCCAGAUAGGGAGCUCCCGCCUCUUAAAUCUGAGCUUUGGAAAGAGAUGGGUUGGCAAGGAGCAGACCCUUCGACAGAUUUUAGAGGUGGAGGGUUUAUAUCACUGGAGAACCUUAUCUUUUUUGCCGAACAAUAUCCGGAAUUAUUCCAUAGAUUGUUGCACAAGCAAGAUGGUAGCCGAGCUGAGUGGGAAUAUCCUUUUGCUGUAGCUGGCAUUAAUGUUUCAUUUGUCCUUGCACAAAUGUUGGAUCUUCAAUCAGCAAAGCCAACUUCAAUGGCAGGAAUCCGAUUCGUACAACUACUCGAAGAAGAUGAAAUGGCAUUUGACAACCUGUUUUGUGUAACUUUCCAAAUGAUGGAUGCUCAGUGGCUUGCAAAGCGUGCUUCGUAUAUGGAAUUCAAUGAUGUAAUGAAGUCUACUAGAACUCAGCUAGAGCGUGAGCUUGCCCUCGAAGAUGUAUCCAGCGUUAAAGAUCUACCGGCAUACAAUCUAUUGGCAAAAUGAUCUAUUCAAGUCUCUUAUAACAUUGCUGUCCAUAUGUAAUAUUGUACAAGAAAUCUGGUUGAGAAAUAUAACUAGUGGUGAAUUAAGAAUACUUAUUUUAACCUGUAUAUGGUAGCCUCUGAACAUGUGCAGUGUCUCUCCAUUAAAUUCCUUUUUUUCCUUCUUUUUUCUUGUUAACACACUGUAGUUGGGUUUUACAUUAGAUAUGUCUAGGUAAACGUAUACUCCCCUCAAAAACAUGUGUUUUCAUAAAGCAAACGCUCUAGCAGAGCAGAAAGAGUAUGACCAUAAGUGUUCCAGAAUGCUCAAGGCACUUCGAUAUGCUUGGCAAUCAUGAUAGGA